UGAUGACGCUUGAUGGGAUGCGUCUAGCCCCCCUCGGAAGCGUCGACACCGCAGGCUAUUUCCCCACUACGACCUUACAGCGCUGGGUCAACGGCUACCCCGACGAGGGCAGCCUCUUUGAGCAGAGACCUGCGCAGCGGAGCGGCUUGCAGUUUGAAGCUGAUUUAAUCGAUGCGAUCGUCUCGGUAGAAGAGACCGCCCCUGAGCGGCGCGGCUAUGACAGCUCCUGCUGGACACGCCCUCUGGAGAGUAAGACGACCAAGUUGGACGGCCCGGAGCUACACCGCCAUGUCGUGCGCGUCGGAAAGGAGGACUCGCAGCAGAUGCGUCUGUUCAGACACCUGUGGAAACGCAGAAGAGAUCUUCUACUUGAUCCUGAUUGCCCCUUGAUUCCGCUCGUCAAUUUCUUGGACUAUGGAUGCAAUACGUCACUCCUAAUACACCCAAUUCCGUGGGCUGACGAGCGGAGCAUCCACUUGCCUUUGCCUCCCAGUCUCCACAUGCGCAGAAGGUUGGAGCUAGUCAAAGACGCGAUUUGUGGUCUGGCAUGGUUUCAUCGGAAUCGCAUCUCUCUGAACGUUUUUGGAGAAGACAUGACCUUCUUAUACAUGUACAUCGACAAGACGCAUCAGACGCCUGCUCCACCUCAUUCCGCUGCGUCUAGCAAGCGGCCGCUGAUCGUAGAGGAGCUACCUCUGGAGCCUAACGAAGCGUUUCCCCACGGGGCAGAGUGGCUCACGGAAACAGGCGAACGGGCAGACGAACGAGCGAGAUGCGGGCUGCCAUGGUGCAGUAGAAUGGCCAUCGGCGAUCCGCGAGUACCUGAACCCAAGCUUUGGUUCGCGAAUCUUGCUUACGCCAGCUUCACAAGCAAAGUCAAAAUUGUGCACCCAGCGGGCCCGGUAAUUAUGCCACAAAUUGAGGUGUCACACCGCUAUGAUAAGAGCGUUCUGCCUCUAUGGUGCACUACACCCGAGAACGCAGCAUACUUGACGGCCAAUCCCGAAUCCAAUCUCUUCAACAUGCCAGAUAGCAUGCGAGAUGAGCACCACGAGGAAGUGCCUUUCGACAGGUUCAAGCGGGAUGUGUACGCUAUGGGAAACUACGUCGCUCGAAGAUUGUUGAACGAGAAGAUGUCUUUCACUGAACUGGAUGAGAUUCGAUCAGUCUUAAUGAGCUGCAAAGGAUCAGAGCGUUUCGACAAGACAUUGGAGACACCGGUUGCAGAGCUGCCACAGCUGCCUCAAGAAGGACCAGAUUCGAUUGGGUAUUGGUCAGGCGAAGCGAACCCUUAUGCCUUGCCAGAAGACGAGUUUGCAGCUUUUCCGCGCAGGCUGGCGGAUGCAAUUCUUGCUAUGAUGGCGGAGAAGCCCGAAGAUAGAAUCGACAUCGAAGAAGCUGCUAGGGUAGCGAGGGAGGUGCAUGACGAAUUCGUGCCAAGGAUCGAAUCCAUUUACAACGAGUGGGUCGCCUUGCAAAGGCAGAUAUGUAAAGACGGGUUGAGAGCGCGACCAAUGCCGCAAACCCGUGAAGAAGAAGAGGAAUACCUGAAGGAGAUAAGAGAAGAGAGUCCACCCGGUAGACUCUGGCUCGAGCAGCUUCGAGGACGCUUUUUGGGCGUCCAUGGCAUGGAGCGCAAAGGCGAGCCCUUUGAUCAUCACUAUGAAUACAUUCACAUUCUCGAACCCGACUCAUCCGAGGAAGAGUCCGAAAGUGGUUCCGAAGAGUCCGAAGAAGAGGCGCACGAAGAGCUAGAAGUGGACUCCGAAGAGUCCGAGCAGGAAUCGCACGAAGAGCUGGAGGAAUUUGUGGAGGAGCAGUCGCCCGACUCGAUGGGAGAUGAUUCCGAGCUCGGAUCUCACGAAGAGGCAGAGGCAGCCAGCGGGGAAGAGUCGAAGGCAGUUUCUGAGAAUGACGCUGGCGAUGAGCGCGAGAUAUGGGAAGCAGAGGCGAACCAAAUGUCGAAGGUAGAGGAGGAGCAAGAAACGCAGGGUCAGAACGAAUGGAUGCACAGGGGACUAGACGAGGAAUUGGAGGAGACAGGCAGGGAAAGAGAGGAUCAAAAUGAGAUUUGGUCAGAAGAAGGCGUGCAAGGAGAGUUUGGAGCAGCAGAGGAGCAAUCGAGCGCAAGUUCCUUUUCUCAGUCCGAACAGCAGACGGAGGAUGAGCACGAAUCAACAGAAGAAGAGCUGGAGACAGAGCCAAACGACGACGAGCCCAAAGAAGAAUCUGACGGCUUCCAAGACGACUCUGCAUGGUCGGAAGGGGCAGACUCCGGCGGAGACUUUGACGACUACGACGACGACUACGACGACGACUACGACGACGACGACUAUUAGAGCGCGGUCCCAUCGAGCAGAGCGUGCACUCAGAGCUACGACUCGCCUUCGUUGCGUAUCCUGAAUCGCAACGCGCUUCCUUGAGGUGUCAGACGUCUAUCGGAGCUCCACGACAGUGCACAGAACGUGCAAGCGACAUGCUGGGUCACACAAGCGGCGGAGAGACCAGAGCUCUCAAGAUCGCAUACGAAUUCCGUUUUGUACACUCGAGCUCAAUUCUCGCGUUCUGAAAUCAAAUGAUGU